AUGAAUCAUCAGCAUCCCCCGUCGCCUUCUCCAUCUGCGGACGAGAUGAAGGCCCCCUUUCAGCCCUUGCCCCAAAAUAACACCUUGCAAUCUCCGUUCCUCCAAACCCAACCUUCUUUCACGGCCAUGUAUCCAAGACCCGGAACUCAGGAAUACCCCUUCGGCAAAAUUGAGGUGGAUAACGGAGAAGCUUCUGAGAUAGUGAACGCAUACCCGUCGAACGGUACGUACGGUCGGGUGUCGGCAGCCGAGUUUCCACAACUCACCUCCACUCAAUUGACAUUUGUGCGCUCAGCGCAGCAUCCAAGCCACCAUCGCGCCGCAGACAUGAGAAGAACACGAAGUGGGAAUUCCACUUCUUCUAAGGGUUCGCCAAAAAUGCCUAAGUUUCCAGAGACAGAUAAAACUCGAGUCGCGAGGUUGACGAGAGUCAGAAGACGACCAAGAACACCAAGAGUCGAUAAUAAAUGUGGACCAAUCGUCACAGCACCAUUGAGCUUUUUAACUAAACAUAUGGCACAUAUUCCGGUUCGCGACAUGGAGGCCUGGGUAAACCGAACAGCGGAGGUCCGUCGAAGAGAAGUUGUCGCAAAGAAUGGUAAGAUUGCAAGACCGAUGAAUUCAUUCAUGUUAUACCGUUCAGCGUACGCAGAGCGCACGAAGGAGUGGUGUGCGCAAAACAACCAUCAGGUUGUGUCGCGCGCAUCAGGUCAAAGCUGGCCACUUGAGCCAAAAGAGAUUAGAGAUCUCUACGAGCGAUAUGCGUCCAUAGAGAGGGAUAAUCACCAAAAAGCCCACCCCGAUUACAAGUUUGCGCCAAACAAGGCCCAAAACACACCAAAGAAGAAGAGCCAAUCUUCACUCAAGGAUGAAGAAAGCAGUGACCUGGACGACACGGGAAUUGAGAUUGCUUCGUGCCCACGAACAAUAAGACGAUGGAACGAUCGGUCCGAGGUAGAUGAAGGCUUUGGAAGCCGAACAUCGACCCCGUUUGACCCAGAAAGGACUUUUGAAAGCUGCCAUUCGACGCCACUAUUAGAUCGGCACAAUGCUGAGAUGUAUAUGCAUCAUCCAGACAUUAAUCGGUCAUCGUGGGAGAUGAUAAACCCUGGCCGACCCCUUCCCGGUGUGCUCUCCCCACCAGAGCAUAGCCACUACUACCAGCCCUCAGUUCACCAGAGCCAGCUCGGACCAAACAUCGAAGAUGUGACAUAUAAAAAGAUGGGCAUGCCGGGAGUGUCAUACGAGGCACAGGGAUCGCUGACUGGUCUUCCUGGAAAUCCGCAUCCCGACCUCUUGCCAUCACAGCAGCCAAAUCGUCCUGUUGAGGAUCCAGGCCAGGUCGAUCCCCAGCUCCUCGAGUACAACAAUCACCACCGGCAAGCCGCUGCAAUGCACCAUGCCGAGGCAAGUAAUUACCCAGGCCAGCUUGAACUCUGGCAGGCUCCGCCCUCCACCAACCAGCACUAUGUUCAUAGUACUAUUCCAGUGCAAGAUGGCGAAGGAUAUUCAAUGAUAUCUUCUCAGCAAGGGUUGCACCACAGCACACCAAUGGUGGAGGGAAGAGAAUCGUGGAGCGAAGGCCAAGGCCCGGUCGCGGAGCCAGUGAAGCAGGAGUACGGGCAAGAGUUUGAUCAGUGGUUAACAGGCCAUGCUGCAUACUGA